UUUCCCAUUAAAAGUUUCCGGGAUUCAUACAACAAGUAUCCUGAGCUUUGGAUGAGGCCUAUCCAGAUUGUAAUCACCCGUCUUCUUCAUGUGACUAUGACAACAUUACAUCAAUACAUGGGUUUGAGUGUUGAGCUAAUGAAAAGGCGACGUGACAAUGCUAUGGAUGAUCGCGCCCGUCAUACGAGUGGACCAGUAAGACCCGGUCCACCAUUGUUACCAGUGGCACAGAAGAAGAUAAAAGAUCCGCGUAUGAGCAGCUCGGAUGAUAGUGUAGAUCAGUUAAGUACCGCUCGACGCUGGUUUGCUGACGCUCUUGGAUUAAUGGGAGCAGAUGGAGCAUCAUUAAUCGAACAGAAGGGCGAUAUAAUUGUUCGCUCGUUUGAUGAGGGAGAAGUCUUGGUAGAACAAGGUUCAGAAGAAGAGCAGCUCAUCCUCGUGCUGUCAGGAUCAUUGAAGUUAUCGCAGGUCAGUUUUUUUGGUGUUUUUUUUUAA